GUCUUUUGUAAAAACACCAAAAAUUCAUCACUCACACAAAAAAGUUGCAAAGGAACAAGUCAAAUCAUUUCCCCCAGCAACACCGUCACAAUGCCGGACAACCGAGUUACUUACCGCCGUCGCAACCCCUACAACACCACCUCUAACAAGACUCGUGUCGUCAAGACCCCGGGUGGUGAGCUACGAGCACUUCACAUCAAGAAGCGAGGAACCGCCCCGAAAUGCGGUGACUGUGGCGUCAAGCUCCCUGGCGUUCCUGCCCUCCGACCUCGCGAAUACUCUCAAAUCUCCCACCCCAAGAAGACCGUCCAGCGAGCCUACGGCGGUUCGCGAUGCGGCAACUGCGUACGAGACAGAAUCGUCCGAGCAUUCCUGAUCGAGGAGCAGAAGAUCGUUAAGAAGGUGUUGAAGGAGCAGAGCGAGGGUUCCAAGAAGAAAUAAACCCUUUACGCGACUCUGGGAUGGAAUGGUUAGGCCUUCAUUGAUUCGGGUGUUCAGAGGUCAGGGCUGCAUUCAUGCGAACGGCUAGUCAAAAGCUGUUUCUGUUUCUGGGACUUCUUCUCGUGGAUUAGAUGAUCGUAACGAAAUAAACGACAUCAAGACUA